UCGUGGGUUUACAUGAGUGUUAUAACUGUCACGUUAGCCCGUUCUUUGUUUAUUGUCACGUGCUGCACAUGACAACAUUUCGCUCAAUAACGAACGCCCUAGACGACAAUCCUUACAAAUAAAAAACAACUCUUUUCCAUAGGGAUCUGAGAAAAGGGUGGAAAAAACGUCGACAUUGGUUAUUUUUUGUAAUAUUCUGCGACUGGCAGGAUGAGAGUAUUGAGCAAGGAGAAGCUCCUGGAGCUGCAGAGGAAGCCUGACACCAUCAGGAACAUGUGCAUUAUUGCCCACGUCGACCAUGGCAAGACGACCCUGGCAGAUUCCUUGGUCGCGAGCAAUGGGAUCAUCUCGACAAGGAUGGUUGGCAAGCUCAGGUAUAUGGACAGUAGAAAAGAUGAGCAAGAGAGAGGUAUAACAAUGAAAAGUAGUUCUAUAACUUUAUAUUACCAAACAGGAGGUGCAGAAUGUUUAGUUAAUGUAAUCGAUUCGCCGGGGCAUGUGGACUUUUCUUCUGAAGUUUCCACUGCUCUUAGGUUAUGUGAUGGGGCUGUCGUCGUUGUCGACGUUGUUGAGGGUGUCUGUCCUCAGACUCAAGUCGCUCUGAAACAAGCAUGGCACGAGAAUAUAAAGCCUGUCCUUAUUCUAAACAAAAUCGACCGGUUGAUCCUCGAAAUGAAACUGAGCCCACUUGACGCUUUUGUACACCUAACACAGGUUUUAGAACAGGUCAAUGCAGUCACUGGUGAAUUAUUUAUGACUGAAGUGCUUGGUAAAGCUGUUAAAGAUGAAGCGAAGGAUACAAGUAAAGAAGAAAAUACUGGUCAGUUUCAAAAUUAUGAUUGGGGUGAUGGCUUGGACGAAGCGGACGACUCAACUCUUUACUUUUCACCCAAUCAGGGGAAUGUAGUAUUUGCCAGUGCUCUCGACGGCUGGGGCUUUGGGGUUAAUGAUUUUGUUAAGUUGUAUUCUAAAAAACUCGGUUUGAAAGAAGACGUUUUGAAAAAAACACUCUGGGGGGAUUAUUAUUUAAACAAUAAAACUAAGAGGGUUAUGCGAGGUGCACAAGAGAAAGCUAAAAAACCAUUAUUUGUGCAAUUAGUGCUGGAAAAUAUAUGGACAAUUUAUGAAACUAUUUGCAUAAGGAAGGAUAAAACCAAAAUCGAAUCAAUCUCCUCAGCUCUAGGUGUAAAACUCACCCAACGAGAUUUGAGGCAUACAGAUCCAAAAGUUCAACUUCAAGCCAUUUUUAGCCAAUGGCUUCCUUUGUCCAAUGCGGUUUUAGAUAUGGUUUAUAAUGUUUUGCCACCUGCAAAUAAAUUAUCUGAGGAAAAAGUAGAAAAAUUAAUGUGUUCCAGUGGCCAGUCAAUAGAUCUUUAUCCACCAGAAACACAAGCCUUGAAGAAGGCAUUUAUUAACUGUUCUUCUAGUGAAGAUGAACCUGUUAUAGUUUUUGUUUCAAAAAUGUUCCCUGUUGACAGAAAAGUUCUUCCUCGUAACAGACCUACAGCCAUUACGGAGCAGGAAUUAGCCGCCAGGAGGGACCAAGCCCGUCUGAGGCAUGCAGAAUUGAUGGCUAAUAAAAAAGAUAAUGAUGAAAAAGAGAAAACUGGAAGAGAAGCCGAGGUUUCAAUUGUAAAUGAAGAACCCAUCCUUCCGGAUGACGAAUUCAUUGCUUUUGCCAGGGUUUACAGUGGAGUUUUAAAGAAAGGUGCUGUACUUUACGUUCUUGGCCCUAAACACAACCCUGCCACAGCAUUGCAACAACUUGCUGAAGAAGGUGAUAUUCCUGAAAAUUUAACAUUAAAAGAUUUGAAAAGUGGCCAUCAUGCAACAAAAGUUAAAAUUAAUGAUAUUUAUUUAAUGAUGGGCAGAGAACUCGAAACGAUAGAUGAGGCUCCUGCUGGAAAUGUAGUAGGAAUUGGAGGUUUGGAAGACCAUAUUUUAAAAAGUGCAACCCUUUCAUCGGUUAUUUACUGCCCUUCGUUUUCUGAGUUAAACAUUAUGGCUGUGCCGAUAUUGCGAAUAGCCGUCGAGCCAAAGAAACAUUCCGACUUACCAGCCCUCAUCAAGGGGCUCAAAUUGUUAAAUCAGGCAGAUGCCUGUGUUCAGGUUUUCGUUCAAGAAACUGGUGAACAUGUUUUAGUCACAGCAGGAGAGGUUCAUUUAGAAAGAUGUAUUGAUGAUCUUAAAACUAGAUAUGCCAAAAUUGAUAUAAAUGUAUCAGAACCGAUUAUUCCGUUUCGUGAGACGAUAGUUUUACCGCCAACUGUUGAUAUGGUGAAUGAAGCCAUUCAGGAGUCUUCUGUGAUGCAAAAAAAGAUUGAUGAUGAUAAUGUCGACGAGAAUGGUGUUGUAACGAUUAUGACAGUGAAUAAGCAAUCAACUCUGAAAAUUUUUUGUACCCCAUUAGAAAGCGAAGUAACAGAAUUCCUUGAGAAAAAUUCAAAUUUAAUUAAAAUACUGGAUAAAAACACAAGUACCAAAAGCAAUGAAACCAACCUACAAGAGAAUUUAGCAAAUUUAACUAUUGAAGAUGGUUCUAUAAAUAAACAAGUGCCUAAUUUGUCAAAAAAAGUUUUAAAUGAUAUUUCAACUUUUAAACAAGAGUUGUGCGAUAAGUUAAAAAAGGGCUCUGGGAUCUGGAGUGAUAAUCGUAUUUUUGAUAAAAUAUGGAGUUUUGGGCCAAGGAGGUGUGGACCUAAUUUAUUAAUCAACCUAGUAGAAGGAUAUGACAGAAGUUUCUGGAAACAAUCUAAUUUACAAACCCCAAACAAUCUUUCUGAGUAUGACAGCAGUUUUAUAAAUGGUUUCCAAUUGGCUUCACUUGCUGGUCCACUGUGUGAAGAGCCAAUGAUGGGAGUUGCUUUCAUUGUUGUUGACUGGGUUGUCAAUCCUGAAAUCCCCACUGGAGGAACGUAUGGCCCAUUGUCGGGUCAGAUAAUGUCAGCAGUCAAGGAAGGUUGCAGAAGAAGCUUUCAAGCUCAGCCACAGCGACUAAUGGCAGCCAUGUACACAUGCAACAUUCAGGCCAAUGCAGAAGUAUUAGGUAAAAUGUACGCUGUCUUGGGGAGGAGGCACGGCCGGGUGCUGGCGGGCGACAUGACCCAGGGCUCGGCGUCGUUUACGGUCACCGCCGUCCUUCCAGUCAUCGAGAGUUUCUCUUUUGCACAGGAAAUACGAAAGCAAACUUCCGGCCUGGCAAGCCCGCAGCUCGUCUUCAGCCACUGGGAGGUUAUCGACAUCGACCCGUUUUGGUCGCCCAGUACGGAAGAAGAGUAUCUCCACUACGGCGAAAAGGCGGACACGGAGAACAAAGCAAGGCAGUACAUGAACUCCGUGAGAAGAAGGAAAGGGCUCUCGGUUGAAGAGAAGAUAGUGCAGCACGCUGAAAAACAACGGACCCUGUCGAAAAAGAAAUAAAUAUUUUUUAUAAUCUGA